UAAUAACACAGUCUUAAAGACGCAUGCACCCACGCACGUGCAUGGAGAAGUACGUGGUGAGGAGAGGUGCUCCUACAGUGUCAGCAGAGGAGGGAGUGGGGCGGGCUGAGGCAAAGAGAUCAGUCACUUUAGUCCUGUGGUGCAUACAACUUCUCUCCUCAGGAUACUUCACUAUUUUGUCUGUGCGAUUGAAAAAGGACAUCACCGACUUUACAAAUCCAACAAAAAGGAACACAAGAAAAAAAUGGAAGAUUUCUACUAUCAUGACGACGAAGACUCCGGCUUAAACGACAGUUAUGAUUACAGUUACGAACACAGUGUUUGUGACAAGGCGGCAGUGCGCUCUUUUGCUGGUGUCUUCCUCCCGGUCAUCUAUGCCCUGGCUCUGGUGGUGGGCCUGGCUGGGAACGCCCUGGUUGUGGUGGUCUACACAUCAAAGGUGCGACUACGAACCCUGACGGAUGUGUGCAUCCUCAACCUCGCCAUUUCGGACCUGCUGCUUCUUUUCACCCUGCCGUUCUGGGCGGCUGAUGCCGUCCAUGGCUGGAUGUUGGGUGCGGCAGCCUGCAAGCUCACCUCCUUCCUCUACAGUACUAACUUCAGCUGUGGCAUGCUGCUGCUGGCGUGCAUCAGUGUGGAUCGCUACCGUGCUGUCGCCCACAAUCCGACAGGCAGGACAGGGACAGGUCCCCGCGUAAAGUGGCAGUGGCUCCUGGUGAUUAUAGUGUUGUGGGCUGUAGCCGGCAUUCUUGGCCUUCCCGAAUUCAUCUUCUCCACAGUGAAGCACUCUCAUCACAGGAUGGCCUGUACUUCAGUCUACCCGCCAGAAAUGGCCCGACCCGCAAAGGCUGCCCUGGAGCUGCUGGAGGUGAUCCUCAGAUUCUUGCUGCCAUUCUUGGUCAUGGUGGUAUGCUACUGCUGGGUAGGCCGUGUGCUGAGCCAGGCAUCUGGGGUGCGGAGAGACCGAAAGUGGCGUGCCCUGCGUGUCCUGCUGGCCGUGGUUGCCGUGUUCCUGCUCACCCAGCUGCCAUACAACGUGGUCAAACUGUGCCGAGCGAUGGACAUCAUCUACACCCUUGUGACUGACUGCGAGGUCAGCAAAGCCUUAGAUCGAGCUCUUCAAGUGACAGAGAGCCUGGCGCUGACCCAUGCCUGCAUUAACCCUGUCCUCUACGCCUUCAUCGGAUCCUCCUUCAGGGGGCACGUCCUCAAGGUUGCUAAGCACCUUGGACAGCGAAUUGGGCGCCAUCCGAGACACGUCAACGAGGAACCAGCAGUGGAGAUUGCACUCAACGCUCGCACUCAAACGCAAUCCCAGUCUGGUUCAGAAGACCAAGACACCAGCACAUUUACUAUCUAGGACUCAAAACAUCUAUUUUCCUGUUAACAUCUACAAAGAAAUCGUACGUCUAUGUAUAUAUAUUUACAUAUCAUAUACUAUUACUACUAAGAGGUAGACGUCAAUGACCCUAAAUAUUCAUUCUUUAUGUAAUAAAUAUAUAUGUAAGUAAGUUUACAGUUUAUAUGCACAAACUAAGCACAGAAUUUUGUAUAAGUUAUGUAUUUUGUUAAAUAAAAGAAAGAUUUUCAGUGACAUGCAUCUACAUACAUCUGUUGUAAUUAAAUGCAGCUGAAACAAGAUACUCCGAGUGCUUCUAUGGUUCCUCAAGACAAAUCAAAUUCAACUCUACAGUCUGCGCUGCCUUCAAUGAGAUCAUCUGCAUCUGAUUUUAUUACAUCCUGCGGCUUUGGGUUGGGAUGAUGGAUGUCUUGAUUGCACAGUGGGUGACCCAAUGAGUCGAAAAACAUUUGGCAAACAAAGAGAACAGCAAACAGCAGGAAGGACCCCUUCAUGUCAUCAAACUAGAAACCAAGCGGCAUGUUCCUUGACAGGCAUUUUUAUAUG